AUGGAGCCAAAUGGACCGCCCAAUGCUCCGGGGCUGCCCUCGUCUGGCGAUCUGAUCCAGCAAAGAAAAGAUGCGGUUCAGGCGGCGGCGCAGUCCUCUGGAGACGGAAGCUACCUGUCCCAGCUCACCAGCAAUCCUUUCUUCACGGCGGGCUUUGGUCUUGCAGGUCUCGGAGCAGGUCUGAGUUUCGCACAAAAAGGCCUUCGACAUGGCGCUGCACUCCUCCGAAGACGGAUGCUCGUGGAUGUCGAAAUCAGCAUCAAGGAUGAUUCGUACCCGUGGUUUCUGCACUGGAUGACAUUAUACCAACAAUCUCAUACUACUGCUCGCACAACGGCCGCAAAGUCCGGUUUCAUGGACUCGUUACUCCAACGGUUAACGCCCGGGAUGCGCCAUCUCUCUAUCCAAACGCAAAAGGUCGAGCAUUCGAACGGAGCGAUUCACACACAUUUCGCACUAGUUCCUGGGCCUGGAAAGCAUGUCUUGCGGUAUAAGAAUGCGUUUAUCUUUGUCAAUCGAAUGCGGGAGGCCAAGUCUGUUGAUUUGCAGACGGGCCGGCCGUGGGAGACCAUUACGUUGACCACGCUCUACUCUCAUCGACAUGUUUUUGAAGAGCUCUUCACGGAGGCACACGCAUUUGCAGCCAAGGCGCAUGAAGGAAAGACGACUAUCUAUAACAGUUGGGGUACGGAAUGGAGGCCAUUUGGACAUCCACGGCGGAAGCGUCCGUUGGAAUCAGUGAUUCUUGACGAGGGCGUUAAGGAGCGUAUCGUCAUGGAUGUCAAAGACUUCCUGGAAAGCGGCAAGUGGUAUCACGAUCGUGGGAUUCCCUACCGUCGUGGGUAUCUACUCUACGGGCAACCGGGUACGGGUAAAAGUUCGUUUAUUCAGGCUCUGGCUGGCGAGUUGGACUAUGAUAUCGCAAUCCUGAAUCUGAGUGAGCGUGGGCUUACCGACGACCGCUUAAACCAUCUUCUCACCAUUGUUCCCAAUCGGACACUAGUGUUGCUGGAAGAUGUGGAUGCGGCCUUUGCCAACCGUCGACAAACAGACGUAGACGGCUACCGUGGCGCUAACGUAACAUUCUCCGGACUCCUCAACGCCCUGGAUGGUGUUGCUAGCGCCGAGGAGCGUGUCCUCUUCCUGACCACGAAUCAUGUCGACCGUCUCGAUCCGGCUCUCGUCCGACCUGGCCGGGUAGACAUGACUGUCCGUCUGGGCGCCGUCACCCGCUACCAAGUUGGCCGCCUCUGGGAUCGGUUCUACGGGGAACUCGAUACGACUGGCGCUUAUCGACACACAUUCCUCACGAAAUUGGAGAAGCUUGGGCUGAUUGAGGACGAGAAUGGUCAACAGGCCGAUCGGUCGAGAACCACCAGCGCUGCGGCUUUGCAGGGCUUGUUUUUGUAUAACAAGGAUAACAUGGAGGGAGCCAUUUCAAUGGCUGAAGCUCUGACGUACUCGGUUCACGAAGAGGCCAUGGAAAACUGA